GGUGCACCGCGUGAAGGUAAUUCUAUUGCACACCCCUGUUUAUUAAAAUGUAAGUCCAUUUUUUCAGUUGUUUCGUUUCUCCAAUUAAUCACUUAUUUUUUCGCUGGUCAUUAUUUCACUAACAUUAACUUUGAAUAUGUUUGUUUUUUGCGAUCCAAUCAGUUUGAUUCAGGCGGCCCAAUGAUGUGUCGAUCGGGAGUGGAUGGCCAGUUCAUUCUGGUUGGCAUCAUCUCCUUCGGAGUCAACUGCGCCUCCGGCUAUCCGGGUAUUUACACUCGCGUCAAUUCCUACUUGGAUUGGAUCCGUGAAAUAACCUCCAAUAACUAG